UUGUAAUGAAUAUUUGAAAUUGGUGGAUAAAGUGGUGGAUAAAGACCCUGUGGCAAAGUCCCCCGUGACCUGCAGGACGAGGAGAGAUCCACUCGUCCCACACUGGUCAUUGUGGCCUUUCCUCUCCAUGGCUCCCCUGGCUACAACCCUGACACUGCUAACAAUGGCCAUGGUCACCACGGCUGUGGAUGUGAUGCUCCUGGACAUGGCCCCGGAUUCCUUCGAUGAUCAGUACCAGGGCUGUGGCACUAAAAUGAUCGAGGAAUUGCCGGCCCUCAACAACUCCGAGUUCCAGCAGAAUCCUCUUUUUGCCCAGGCCUUGCUUAAUGCCACAGCCAAGUGGCGAGGUCAGAAGUCCCCUGUGUCCUCUCUGUCAUCUCCAGCCCAGGCCAUCGCCCUCAUGGCCUACACGAUGGAUGAGCUGUACACAGAGUUCAACAAGGCCGUGCGUACAGCUGGGCGCUCCAGCCAGGAAUACCGGGACAACUUCCACUUCAAAACACUGCAUUUCUUGCUGACCCAGGCCCUGGUGACGCUGAGGCAGGCUCAGAAUGGGCAGUGUCACAACGUGUACUGGGGGGUGAGCAAGUACCGAUUCAAGGCAAAGCCCGGUGACAUGGUCCGGUUUGGUCAAUUCUCUUCAGCAUCACGGAAUGGAAAAACUGCCAAGCUCUUUGGGAGUGCCACGGUGUUUCAGGUGUACACGUGCCACGGCGCAGCAAUCUGGAAUUUCUCCAAGUAUCCUGACGAGAAGGAGGUGCUGAUCCCACCAUAUGAGACCUUCCAGGUCAUCAAAGUCAGCCAGGAAGGAGAAAGGGCAAGGAUCCAGCUCCGCUCCAACGGGACCUUCAGCAAAUACAACUGCGAGUGGCUGCAAGGUGGGAGCAUCCCGAGGGCUCCCUUCCACCUUGGAGGACUCCUCCUGGCCACCACAACCUUGGCAGUGGCAACAGGGAUCCUCUGA